UAUAGUCGUUGCUCUCUCCUCACUGCUUCAACUUUCACCACCAAUGGAGAAUAACAAACCCGCUAAAAAUUUUCACUCUUCUUCUUCUUCUUCUUCUCGGUUUUUUUCAUUAGGUCCAAAUUCUAACUCAUUGAAGCGAAAGAGACCGCCCAAGAUCGAGAUCCCCAACGUCCUACAAGAAAUCCAAACGGACCAACUUAAGUUCAGAGACCUCAUGUCCCAGAAUGACACUAUUCAUUUCAGUGGGACUGGUGUCGGUGUCUUCUCCCUAAAAGGCAAGAAGAAGUUCAUGGAAGAUACCCACAAGAUCAUUUCCUGUUUACACGGCAACUCAAACAAAGGUUUCUUCGGCGUUUAUGAUGGUCAUGGAGGUAGAAUGGCAGCAGAGUUUGUUGCAGAGAAUCUGCAUACCAACAUUUUCGACAUGAUGAAGGAUUGCAGAGGGGCUAAGGACAAGGAGGCAGCUGUUAAAGCCGCAUACUUAAAAACAGACCAGGAGUUCUUGGAAGAGGGUCUAGUCAGUGGUGUCUGUUGUGUCACAGCCUUGAUAGAUGAUCAAGAGGUUGUUGUUUCAAACUUAGGAGAUUGCAGGGCAGUCUUAUGUAGAGGAGGAGUUGCUGAAGCCCUAACAACUGAUCAUAAAGCAGGAAGGGAGGAUGAGAGGAAAAGGAUAGAGAAUACGGGAGGAUAUGUUGAGAUCCACCGAGGAGCUUGGAGAGUUCAUGGGGUACUUUCAGUUUCAAGAAGUAUUGGAGAUGCUCAUCUGAAGAGCUGGGUACUAGGUGAGCCUGAUACAACAAUCCUUCAUUUGACUACAGAUAUGGAGUUUCUUGUAUUGGCUUCUGAUGGACUUUGGGAAGAGGUUGGCAAUCAAGAAGCUAUAGAUGUCGUGUCACAGUUACUAAUUAGGAAAAAGUUAGAAUCCUCUGAAGAUAUUUAUAAUGACAAUAGCAAGGACUAUGGCUGUGUAAAUAUAAGUCCUUCCUCAAAGCUACGAAGGGUUUCACUAGUGAAACAGCAGGAAGAGGCAAGUCAACCUCCAAGAUAUAAGAGAAAUGAUAUCUGGAAAGUUGGUGAUGAUGACUUUCCUAGUGAAAAUAGAAGCCUGACAUCAAAGGCAGCCUGUGUAAAUAUAAGUCCGUCAUCAAAGUUACAUAGGGUUUCACUAGUUAAACGGCAGAAAGAGGCAAGUCAAUCUCCAAGAUACAAGAGAAAUGAUAUCUGGAAAGAUGGUGAUGAUGACUUUCCUAGCGAAAAUGGAAACCCGACAUCAAAAUCAGGCUGCAUAAAUAUAAGUCCUUCAUCGAAGUUACGAAGGGUUUCGCUAGUGAAACAGCAGAAAGAGGUAAGUCAAUCUCUAUAUAAGAAAAGUGAUAUAUGGAAAGAUGGUGACAAUGACUCUCCUAGUGAAAAUGGAAGCCCACCAUCAAACUCACGAAGAAUUUCAUUAGUGAAGCGCUUAAACAUUAGAGAUGAGUCUCCUUGUCAUGAAAACAGCAGCUACAAGAAGAGCCCUGCUUCUGUUGGCCUUAUGGCUGCUUGUAAAGAGCUUGUGAACCUUGCAGCAAGUAGAGGUAGCUUGGAUGAUAUCACUGUAAUGAUAAUUGAUUUGAACCACUUCAGAUGCAGCAGCUGAUUUUAUUCAACUGCAAUACCUGCUUGCUUUUCAUCAACUGAUCAGAGGCAAGCCGAUGAUCUGGCUGCUACUACGAUAACCAGGUCAGGUCAGAGUAUAUUCAUGUCUGUGUACCAAACAAAACUAGCCGGCCAGUGCCGUUUGAUCACCAUUACAUGGUGCAAGAACCUAAUGCUCCAUGGUUUGUCUGUUUCUGUCCAAGCAACUGAUGGAGAUGAGCAUUACCAGUGCAAGGUUGAGCUAAAGCCGUGGUACUUCUGGAGAAAACAAGGGUCCAAGCAAUUUAUAGUGGAUGGAAGGAAAGUUGAUGUGGUUUGGGAUCUUAAGGCUGCAAAAUUUGAUGGCAAAGUCGAGCCCAAGUCAGAUUACUAUGUUGCCAUUGUUUGCGAAGAAGAGGUUGUUUUGCUUCUUGGUGAUCUCAAGAAAGAUGCCUUUCGAAAAACAGGGUGCAGGCCAUCUCUAAUUGAACCAAUCUUGGUUUCAAGGAGGGAACAUGUGUUCGGUAAGACAAGAUUCUCAACAGGAGUUAAAUUCCAAGAGAGAGGGCCGCUUCAUGAUAUCUCAAUUCAGUACAGCAGUGGGAUUAUCAACAACAACAACAACUCUGAUGGGUUUGAUCCAGAGCUAGAGAUAAAAUUAGAUGGGAAACUAGUCAUUCAUGUUAAGCACCUUCAAUGGAAAUUUAGAGGCAAUGAGUCCAUCCAAGUGCGCAAAACUAGAGUAGAAGUUUACUGGAAUGUCCAUGACUGGCUCUUUGGUUCUGGUCCACGGCAUGGUCUGUUCAUAUUCAAGCCAGUGAGUUUAUCAUCUUCUUCAUCAACAUCAGCUCCACUAUCACCACCAUCAUCAUCACUUUCAAUGCCAACACCAUUUUCAAUCCAGGAAGUGAAUUGUGCAGCAGGAGAGGAUGAAAAUUCAGGUGGAUCGUCCAGGUUUUGCUUGUUUCUCUAUGCUUGGAAAGUAGAGUAAGUGUUCAUUGCAAGGUACAGAAGUGCAGGUUUGUGAUCACACCAUGAUGAUCAUCAUCCUUCAAUCAGAUCAUCAUGAGUGAUGGAUACGGAUGCUGAUCAAUUAGAAGAAGAGAGAGAGAGUGGAUUGGUCAUGGGUGAGCAACGGAUGGGGCCGGAGAAAGCUGGAAGAUGGUCACAACUGGACAAGAUCGGACAAGCCAGAUUGGACUCACUAAUAAACGUCCAAUAAUUUCUUCAAUACCUCUAUAGUUCAUAAUGUUGAUUUCCAAUAUUAUUUUUUAUCCAUUUUCUCUAUUUUUUGUGUGUCAAAAAAUGAUCAGCAAGAUGUCGCAAAAGGAUGUUUGAGUCUGAAUCUGACAAAA